AUGUGCUCUUUUCCUCAUGUCCCUAGAUCAUGGCUCAUCCCCUGUGCUGCGGGCCCUUGCUUUCCUCCUGAAGUAGCUCUGGCUGCAGGAUUUCUGUCUGCAGGUGCUCCACAUGUGACUGCCAGGCAGGCUCCCAGUGGUGAGAAGUGGGACAGGCUGUCGGGUGAAAUACAAGCCACUGCCCGCAAGGUUCCGAUCCAUCAUCCCUUGGAGCAGUGUUGCCCUCUGGGGCUGGAGCCCACGCACAUGCUGAAGGGAGCACGGUCAGCAGUAAGCCCGGUGAGCCCAGCUGCACCAGCAGACGGCUCUGCCGGCCUCCUGAGACCAGGGCAGCCUGGUGGUCUCCACGUGGAGGAGUGA